AUGAGUCUCGUUAGUGGCCACACACGACAGCACACGUUUGCCACGGAGUACGAUGCCAACCUGGCCUACAACGAGAUCCACUUCAAUGGCAAAUCAAUCACCUUGAUCGGUCCUUCGGAAGAGGCUCGCGCGGAGGGCAAGAGCACCUUCGGUGACAAGAACAUCUCUUUCCUAGGAGGGUUCUGCCUCAAUCUCAACAACAUCACCGGCCCUGCGAUGGUCAGCAUCCCCGUAAUCUACCAACAAGCUGGCUGGCUUCCAACAACGCUGGGGAUGGUGAUCGUGAUGAUCAUUGCGGCGUUCUCCUCGACCAUGAUGUGCAAAGCCAUGGCCCUUGUGCCUGGCAAUGAACGGUUCCAGAGUCGAGUUGAGAUCGAAGGACUGGCGAAAAUCUUCUUCAACAAGUGGGGCUACUACCUCACGCUCCUGUUCCUCAUCAUCAGCUUACAGGCCACCAACAUCUCUUCUAUUAUCAUCUCCGCCCAGACAGUCGACUUUGCGUUGGUAGCGAUGUUCAAGUACACGUGUGGUCUUGAAUUCUACCCCGACUUCGGCUACGACAGCGUAACCACCGCUGGCCACGACUCAAACACUCCGUUCGGAGAUGUGAUAAUCAUCUCGCUGGGAUUUGUGAUCGUGUUUAUGGGCACCUUGCCGAUGGCCUACUUCAAUCUUGACGACAACAUCUGGGUCCAAAUUGGCGCCUGCAUUAUCAUGAUGGCCAUCGUGUUGGGUGUCUGGAUGGUCGACUUCUUCAUGGUCGGGCUCAACCUCGACAAACUCGACGUGAUAGGCGACAAUCAAAGCCAGCUGCUGGGGACGGUGAUCUUCAAUUUUGCCUUUGUUACCUCGAUACCUUCCUGGGCCAAUGAAAAGAAAGAAGGUGUGAGCAUUAACCGGUCGAUAUGGGGAGCUUCGAUUCUGGGCACUUCCCUCUUCAUCGUCAUGGGCCUGUUUGGCGGGUGGGCGUUCAAGUACCCGCCCAACACCAAUAUUCUCGACGUCCUCAUAAGCAACGCCAACUCUGUGGGGCACGUGAUGGAGAUCAUCGUACACAUAUCAGUGUACCUGUUCCCAAUCGUAGUACUCCUGUCCAGCUUCGACGUGAGCCUGCUUCGACUGGAGGUGCACUCUAUUCAGGAACGAGCACCUACCAUGGUGCUCAAUCCUGCAAUGCUGCAAUCGGACGACAAGUUCGGCGACGAUGAGGACCCACUGCUGGGAGCCGACCCAGCCCUCCUUGCUGCCAUCGAGGCUGACCUCCGGUUCCGCUCUGUGCCCAAGUUCCUCGCCUUGCGGAUCCCACCCAUCUGGAUUGCGGGAGCCCUUUCCACCCUCAUCACCAUUGGCAUUGUGGCCACCAUUGUGCUUGACAUUGUGUACCUUGCCCAAGGAGACAAUGUCAUGGGCUAG